CAAAGUUCAAGGGGGACAAAUACUUUCGCAAGGCACUGUAUUUGUUUAAAACACACAAGUCCAGGAUGGGACGCAAUGUUCCACCACUCUUGGGAAAUAACAACUACUGACUGUACCAACUGCUCUGUACUUCUGACUAGAGGUCUUCACAGAUCCACCUUCACCCGAAUACACAAGACCCGAUCUAGGACCCGAGCGGAUCCGGAUCCAGAAUGCUAAAUGAUGUCACAGGUCUGGGUCGGAUCUUAUAUGAUUUCUACGAGUUUCGGAUCAAUGUACUCCAGUCUAAGAGAAGAUCGGAAAUCCUCAAAUCGAUGCUGUCCUUCAUGUACGCCCACCUGACCUACUUCCACCAGGGUUACGACCUCUUCAGUGAACUCCAACCUCUCAUGAAACAGCUGGGGGGACAGGUAGGCCUUUACCCCAUUUACUCCCAUUAAACUGUAACUGUAUCUCCACCUGGCCCAUCCGAAUGCAUAGUGGUUCUUAAACCUCUCCUCGGGGAUCCCCAGAUAUUU